AUGCCCUCACGUGCCAGCACGUUGGAGUACAUGUUCUGGAUAUCACCGCACCUGACAGGCGUUCGUGGAUGCUGCGCUUCGAGCGGCGAGUCGGGCUGCUGGUCUCAUCCCGUUGUUGGUGUGGCCUCGCCCGGGCCUCUGCGUGUCCUCUGGAGGCAGCACCAGCGCCAUCUCCACCAGAAGGCGCCCGUGCUGGUGCUGGUACUGCCGCACGCUGAGUUUCGCCCUUCCUCGUGGGUGCGCGCCUCUGUGCGUCUCGGGAUGAUCUGCGUUGGCGUUGUGCUAGUGCUGCUGCCGGUGGUGGCGGUGAUGCGCGUGCCCUGGGGGCUCCUCGAUCUGGAGCUGGGCGCGCGCCGCGCUCGUCCAGACGAGCAUCGCGCGGGCGAUCUCGGCUUUGUCUGCGACCUUGGCGACGUUGCUCUCUGCGUGGCGGCAGAUCGCGGCCCCUCGAGCGGCUGCGGCGCUGGCUCUGUGCAGCUGACGCUGUUUGUGUUGGUGAAGCUGGCCUGUGUCUCUGACGACGAAGCUUCGUUUUCUGCUUCGUCAAACGUGUGA